UCAGUGACCAGUGAUCAGUGAUCAGGAUCAGUGAUCAGAUAGAUAUUCCGCCAUUUAAUUCUCGACGUGUAUGUUGUUCUGUGCCUCCUGCUAGCUCGCCGCUUCAGGGCAGUCUGCGAGUAGGAAUGCACCGCGUCGCUAUUUCGCCCCGUGCGAAACGCCUGGUCCUGCUCGCAGAGUCAUCGCUUGACCUAUUUUCCCCAGUGCCUGUUCGAGCAUUCGAACUCCUCCCCAGAAAAAUCCCGAGCCCUUGUCGCUCUCGGUCUUCUUUCACUGUUCAAAUUUCCCGAACGACGUCGCCAGGGUUCCUUCCAAAUACCCGUCUCGGUCUUAUUUUCCUGGGGCUUAGCUCGAUUCACGACACCAGUCCGACGCGACUAGUCCGUGCGCCUCUAAUUCCCCUCCCUUCGCCUCGACGCGUGUCGCUUUUGAGACGUCUCGGACAAGCCGCUUUGUCAGAUGGCCAGCGUGGCAGCGGCGAUCAACAGGGCGUCGUCGUCGAAAGUCGACGCGGCGCUCUGGUGGUCCCCACACGGCGCCUUGCUGGCGAGACUCGAGGCGAUUGACAGCGGGGAAACGGACAGCGCUGCUGGUGAUGAUGGUGGUGGGGAUGGAGGUCGCGACUUGGUCAGGAGCCUAUCAGAGCAUCACACGUGGCUGCUGCAUGGCUUGGCGCGCUUCAAGCCUCCCAGCAGCCGGUCACGAGACGCCAUAGGCGCUGCUCGCCUGGAAGUGGGAGUAGGAGCAACAGCAGGCGCAGAGCAAGUGACUAUCCCUGUGGUGGGACGGCUGAGGGAAGCUGCUGUGGCUGCAAGCGCUGUGCUAGGCUUGGACGAAAUGCAGGCGUACUUUCUGGUGGAUAGGGCGGCAGGAGGGGAGAGGGCAGUGGUGGGGGAAGCAGAGGGGGAGGGCGAGGGGAAGGGAGCAGGGCUCGGAGUGGAGAAGAGGGGGAGGUUGGAGGGGAAGGCAGCGCAGCAGAGAUUGGUGCAGGAGGCUGCGGCAUUGUAUCGAGAGGAGAGGCAGAAUCUGCUCAAGUGCGUACGGCUGCUGCUAGUGAUGCAAGCUGACGCCUCCUCCCCCCACGCUUCUGCCAUUGAGGGGGAGGUGAGAGCGCUGCUGGACGAGGGUCUCCUGUCAAACGCCAUGGCUCAGCUCAGAGCGCUCCCACGAUUUGAACCGCCCAAGGCGCUGGAUCGUGCAGGGGUGGCAGAGUGGGCCGAGGCAUCCUCGUUAGAAGCCUGCUUGCUACUAGACAUUCUCAUCCUUAUCGCCUCAAGUAAUGGCUGCAGCGCCGCUGUCGUCCUCGAUAUAGUCACACUCGUCCAGGAGCUUUUCUUCGGCUUCCCUCCAUCUGCACCGCUUUCCCCAGCUCCAUACUCCAUUUCUCCAUCCUCCUCCUCCUCUUCCUCCUCCUCCUCUGCGUCUCUCGCCUCCCUAGCCAUCAGUGCUGCGUCUGAGUCACUCCUUUCCACCGCACUGCACCGCGCUGUGCUCCUGCUGAUUGCAGCGGUCAACGUGGAAGGGGCGGUUGUGGCUCUGGCGCAAGGAGAGAAGUUCAGCGCGUCCUCUCACCCGCUCUCUUCCCCCUCUGCUCUGACUGACGUGGAUCAGCGUCUCUCCGCCUGGCUCUCAUGCAUCCUCUCUGCUGCGGCUGCUAGGGGUGGCGGGGCGGGGGAGAUAGGCUUGGCUGGCGUCAUGCCUGUGGUUGGGACUGGGAGCAGUGCUGCUGCAGGAGCAGGGUUGGACGUGUCCCCUGUGCUGCUCGCCUGGGGUCUCUUCCGCUUGCUGCUGCAGUGGCUGCCAGAUUCCUCGCAGCUACCGUCGCCUGCACUGAACCCGUCUGUCUGCGUGCAAGCAGCCUACUCAGCGGGUGCUCUGGAUAGGAUCCUCUCCUCCCUCCUCUCCUCCUCACUCCCUCCCACCCCUCCAACGACCCUAGAGGCACUCGGCUAUAUGCCCUCCUUCUGGAGAUCAUCUGCCGUACCUUCUCAGAGCAGCUUUGAGUUUCUCGAGAGCACCAUGGGAGCGGCUCUGCUGCUGCCCCUGCCGCCCGCCUACGCCGCCCUCUCCUCCUUCUCCGCGCCCCAAGCCCUUCCCGUGCCGCGCUCUGGGGGGCUGCUGGUCCCCCUGAGCGCACUGCUGAUCCUUUUCUUCCGCCUCGUUCACCUCGCACAGCAGCAGGAUGCGUCCUCUGCCACGUGGCAGACUGCCAUUGGCAGUGCUGAUGUCAGCACCAGCGCAGGGCUGGGAGGAGAGGAAGCGGCGGAGGAGCUGGCAGCGUGUGUGAGGGCGCUCCUCCAUCUCCACUCCUCGCCACUUGUUGCAGCUGCAACGGCCAAUGGGCUGCUGCCACAUGGCAUGACAGUGGACCCCACUGCGCUUAUCACAGCAAUACUGGACGGUCUCCUAUCCUCUCCUGCUCUCUCCUCCGCCUCCUCCUCCUCCUCCUCCCCUUCCCCCCCCAUCGCCCACACACCAUCUGCAGCAGCUACUCUGACUGCUGCUGCCUGCUGCCUCCGCAUGCUUGCUGCCUUUGCUCUCCUACCAUCAAUCGCCCACCCUUUGCCUGUGCGUCGUACCUGAUUGUGGUUGUUUCUGCUGCAAUAAACUAUGGACUGGUGAUUCGACCUGAUUGUUGUUGUUCUUUGAGUGGGGAACGCCUGGCCUUUUGUCUCAGCCUCAGAACUCCAUGCCA